GCCACUAGGGUUUCUCCUCCUCCUCCCCCCUACACCGCCGCCGCAUCCUCCUCCUCCGCGCCCAUGGGCAAGGCGAGCAAGAAGUCCGCGGCCGCGGUGGCGGCGGCGCCGCCGCCCGCGGUGCCGGCCAAGGGGAAGGGCGGGAAGAAGCGGGAGGCGGAGGACGAGAUCGAGAAGGCGGCGAGCGCCAAGAAGCAGAAGGCGGCGCCGCCGGCCAAGGCCGUCCCCGCGCCCAAGGGGGACGCCAAGAAGGCCAAGAAGCAGCCGCCGCCCAAGAAGGCCGAGAGCAGCAGCUCUGAGGAAGAGUCGUCCGAGUCCGAAGAAGAGGUGAAGGUUCAACCAAAGAAGGCUGCAAAGCCUGUCAAGCAGGAAUCUUCUUCCGAUGAGAGCAGUGAUGAGACCUCUGAUGAGGAGGAUGCUAAACCUGCGGCUGCUAAUAACGGGUUGAAGAAAGGCAAGCCAGAAAGCAGCAGUUCUGAGAGUGAUUCCGAUGAUGAAUCAGACGAGGACGAGAAACCUGCUGCUCCAGUGAAGAAACCAUCUCUGACUAGUGGUCAAAAGAAAAAAGACGAUUCUGACUCCUCUGAGAGUGAGUCAGAUGAGAGUGACUCAGAUGAGGAUGUGCCCGCAAAGACUAAAGCCCCUGCUGUAGCUGUCAAAAAAGAUGACUCUACUGACAGUUCUGAAUCUGAAAGUGACUCUGAGGAUGAGGAGAAAACUAAGAAACCAACCCAACCUGCCAAGAAAACUGCCCCUGCCACUUCUAAAAGGAAAGAGGAAUCAAGUGAUUCCUCUGAUUCUGAUGAGAGUGAUGAUGAGCCUCCCCAGAAGAAGAAGAAGGAUGCCGCACCUGAGGUUGCUGCCAAGGAGAGCAGCAGUGAUGAUGAAGAUGAUAGUUCUGAGGAAAGCUCUGAUGAUGAACCUAAACCUGAACAUAAAAAGGCACAAAUGGCAUUUGAGGGCAGUGACGAGGACUCCUCUGAAGAAGAUAGCGACGAAGAGGAUGGGAAAUUGGCCAAAACUCCUAAGAAGGAAGCGCCUGCUGUCACCAAAUCACAAAAUGAAGAACCUAAAACUCCUGCGAGCAACCAAAGUCAGGGAACUGAGCCAACAACCCUUUUUGUGGGCAACCUUCCUUUCCGUAUAGAUCAGGACCAAGUGAAGGAGUUUUUUCAGGGAGUUGGUGAGGUUAUUGAUGUUCGUUUGGCUACCAAUGAAGAUGGUGAAUCUAGAGGCUUUGGCCAUGUUCAAUUUGCUUCAUCUGAAGAUGCUAAGAAGGCAAUUGAAUUGAAUGGCCAAGAUCUGAUGGGCCGUGCAGUGAGACUUGACUUGGCUCGUGAAAGAGGUGCAUACACCCCUCACAGCAGGAACGAUACUGGAUCAUUCCAGAAGCAAAAUAGAGGUUCCAGUCAGUCUAUAUUUGUCAAGGGUUUUGAUUCAUCUCUUGAGGAGAGCAAGAUCCGAGAAUCUCUCGAGGGACAUUUUGCUGAGUGCGGAGAGAUCACACGAGUCUCAGUUCCCAUGGAUCGUGAAACUGGUGCAUGCAGAGGGAUGGCAUACAUAGAUUUCAAGGAUCAGGCUUCCUUGUCAAAGGCUCUUGAGCUCAGUGGGUCUGACCUUGGUGGCUACAACCUGUAUGUUGAUGAAGCCAGGCCUAGAGCAGAUAGUCGGGAUGGUGGUGGCCGAAGUGGUGGCAGAUUUGGUGGCCGAAGCGGUGGCAGAGAUGGUGGUAGGUUUGGCGGCCGCAGUGGUGGCAGAUUUGGGGGCCGUGGUGGCAGAGAUGGUGGCAGGAGAGGUGGACGUGGCGGAGGCUUUCAGAACAGGCAUGGUGCCGGUACAGCUAGUACAGGAAAGAAGACAACUUUCGGAGAAGAUUAAUUAGCCUGAUGCUGCUUUGCUACACAAAGAUGUAGCUGUCAAAAGGACUGCCUACCUGCAGCCGUAGUGAAAUGCGAUGAAUUUUAUUUUCAUGUUUGCCCUAUAUAUUACCAAAUAUUGGCUGUACCAGUGGACAAGUGACUGUGCUGGUAUUUUUGUCUGCAGUUUUGUUGUGUUCCCGGUGAUUGUUCUAGACUUUGUAGUGAUAGUGUAAUGCAAGGAUUUAUGCUACAUUAUUAUA